GUUGGUUCCCGUGCGAGCCUCUGCAGCCGGGCAAGACACCGCUGGAAGAGUGCCGGAGAAUCGAUUCGCCCAUGCUUGUUUGCCUCCAGUUUGCAAGGCAGGAAAAGAGGCGGAUUCUCAGGAACUUCCAACCGGCUGUGUCAUGGCAGCUGUUCCUGCGCCAGAUCCCGUCUACGUUUUACGAGGAACAAACAGUGGCAUUAAUACACUGUGUUUUCAGUGUUCAAACCCAGAUCCAGAUUUCCCCAUUCUUUACUCAGGAUCUUCUAACGGACUGAUCCAUAUCUGGAAUCUGAAGACGCGCCGAGUCUGCGACAGCCUGAAUGGCCACGGUGGAAAUUCAGUGUAUUGUGUGAAAACAUUAUCCAACAGAAGAAAUGGGCUUCUUAGUCAGGGCCGUGACCAGAACAUCUGCCUGUGGGACUUAUCCGAAGGAAGGAACGUCGUCACCGAAAGCCUUUUCACCGAGAACGUUGGGUUCUGCAAAUGUUCCCUCUCUGAGGUGACAGAGAAACGGUCUCUCCUGGCCACUCCCUGGAAAGGGUUAGAAGAGGUUCGUGUUCUCGAGCUGCCAUCCAAGACAUCAAUCUGUACCUUGAAGCCGGAGGCGGAUGCCAAGCUGGGCAUGCCCAUGUCUCUGAGGAUAUGGCAGUCUCAGCCCAGCGCUGGCUCUCAUCCUCACCUUCUGGUCGGCUAUGAGGACGGAUCGGUGGUUCUGUGGAAUUUGUCCAUGGGGCGAAUAUUGAGUCGGCUCACAUGCCAUCAGGAGCCGGUCAUGAGCCUUGACUUCGAUUCGGAGAAGACCAAGGGAGUGUCCGGCUCCUCGGAGAAGAAGCUUUGCGUCUGGAGCCACACCGAGCUAGAGAAACUGGAGCUUCAACAAACGUACGAGCUCACCAACCCUGGCAUCUCCGAGGUGACCUUACGUCAAGACAAGAAGGUCUUGGCAACAGCUGGGUGGGAUCACCGCAUCCGUCUCUUCGGCUGGAAGAAGCUUAAGCCGUUAGCUGUCUUAGACUACCACACAUCAACAGUCUAUUGUGUAGCCUUCUCAGAUCACAACCAGCCCAGCGAGAGACUAAUGGCAGCUGGCUCCAAGGACCACCGCAUCAGUGUCUGGUCAAUAUAUAAUCAGCCAUGAAAGGAGAACUGGGGAGAAGACCGACAUUUGAAGAGGUCAACGAUGAAGAGAGAACCUGUGACUGUCCUACAGAAUAGAAGGAGAACAUCAAUCAGUCACUGUCCUAUAGAAUGAAGGAGAACAUCAACCAGUCAGUGCCCUGCAGAAUGGAAGGAGAACAUCAACCAGUCACGGUCCUGCAGAAUGGAAGGAGAACAUCAGCCAGUCAUUGUCCUACAGAAUGGAAGGAGAACAUCAACCAGUCAUUGUCCUACAGAAUGGAAGGAGAACAUCAACCAGUCAUUGUCCUACAGAAUGGAAGGAGAUCAUCAACCAGUCACUGCCCUGCAGAAUGGAAGGAGAACAUCAACCAGUCAUUGUCCUACAGAAUGGAAGGAGAACAUCAACCAGUCAUUGUCCUACAGAAUGGAAGGAGAACAUCAAUAUUUGACUGCGCAGAAUGUGAUAGACUGAAAAUAACGGAGAGACAAAUACUAUGAGAUUUGGAAUAGAUUUUUUUACCAAUGGUUAGAUUUAAAGAAUGGAAGUCAGAACAGAUAAGAACAAGGAUGUGUAGAUGGAAAGAAGAGGAAUAUAUGUAAAUGUAAGCGUCCAUAAAACAUUAAGCAUGUGUAUAUAAUUACUAAUGUGUAGUGAAUACACAAGAGAAUAGACUUUAGUUUUGUAUGGUGGAGAUAACGCCAAAACGGUUGCACCAUGUACAACUUUUUUAAUAAUAAAGAUUAUAAAAAAACAACAACUCAUUGUCCUACAAAAUGGAAGGAGAAUACCACUUUAUAAUGCCUUGGUAAGGCCACACUUGGAAUAUUCCAUUUAGUUUUGGUCGCCACGAUGUAAAAAAAGAUGUUGAGACUCUAGAAAGAGUGCAGAGGAGAGCAACAAAGAUGAUUAGGGGACUGGAGGCUAAAACAUAGGAUGAACGGUUGCUGGAAUUGGGUAUGUCUAGUUUAAUGAAAAGAAGGACCAGGGGAGACAUGAUAGCAGUGUUCCAAUAUCUCAGGGGCUGCCACAAAGAAGAAGGAGUCAAACUAUUCUCCAAAGCACCUUAAGGCAGGACAAGAAGCAACGGAAGGAAACUAAUCAAGGAGAGAAGCAACCUAGAACUAAGGAGAAAUUUCCUGACAGUUAGAACAAUCAAUAAGUGGAACAACUUGCCUGCAGAAGUUGUGAAUGCUCCAACACUGGAAAUUUUUAAGAAAAUGUUGGCUAACCAUUUGUUUGAAGUGGUGUAGGGUUUCCUGCCUGGGCAGGGGGUUGGACUAGAAGACCUCCAAGGUCCCUUCCAACUCUGUUGUUGUUGUUAUUGUUGUUGCUGCUGUUGUUAUCAACUUUUGCAUAAGCUAAUGUUGAGUUCAAUUCCAGGAAAAAUCUUGGAGCAUCCUUGGGUGGAAGCCUUCUCAGUCAACUCCCCAUUGCUACUGGUUGCCCAGUGGCUGAGCAAGGGUCAUUUGAUGUCCCUUCUACUACUUAGCAAUCUUACAAUGCUGAGCAAGUAUGUUUACAACCACACAUUCAUUAUGACAAGGGU